AUGAACGGGUCGGCGCUGGGCUCCGGGGGGGGCUGGCAGCCCGAGGCGGUGCUGAUCCCGCUGGCGUACCUCCUCAUCUUCCUCGUGGGCACCGUGGGCAACUGCCUGGUCCUGGCGGUGCUGCUGCGCAACGGGCAGGUGAACAACACCACCAACCUCUUCAUCCUCAACCUGGGGGUGGCCGACCUCUGCUUCAUCCUCUUCUGCGUCCCCUUCCAAGCCACCAUCUACACGCUGGAGGGCUGGGUCUUCGGGCCCUUUCUGUGCAAGGCUGUCCACUUCUUCAUCUACCUCACCAUGUACGCCAGCAGCUUCACCCUGGCCACCGUCUCCCUCGACAGGUAUUUGGCCAUCCGCUACCCCCUGCACUCGCGGGAGCUGAGGACGCCCCGGAACGCCCUCACGGCCAUCUGCCUCAUCUGGGGGCUCUCCUUCGUUUUCUCGGGCCCUUACCUCAGCUACUACCAGCAGUUCCAGCUGGCCAACCUGACCGUCUGCCACCCCAUCUGGGACAUCUCCCGCCGCAAGGCCAUGGACCUCUGCACCUUCGUCUUCAGCUACCUCGUCCCGGUGCUGAUCCUCAGCCUCACCUACACGCGGACCAUUCGCUACCUGUGGAGGUCCGUGGACCCCCUCCAGGACAUGUCGGAGUCCAAGGCGGCCAAGAGGAAGGUCACCAGGAUGAUCAUCAUCGUCGCCGUCCUGUUCUGCCUCUGCUGGCUGCCCCAUCACCUGCUCAUCCUCUGCGUCUGGUUCGGGUACUUCCCCCUCAACCAUGCCACCUACGUGCUCCGCGUCCUCUCGCACCUCGUCUCCUACGCCAACUCCUGCGUCAACCCCAUCGUCUACGCCCUCGUCUCCAAGCACUUCCGCAAGGGCUUCAAGAAGAUCUUCAUCUGCCUCCUGCAGAAGAGGGCGGCCAACAAGGUGCACGCGGCCCAAGCGACCAACACGGUGAGCACGCUGGAGGCAGAGCUCAGCGAGGUGACCCAGGCCCUGCCCCGCCGCUGCUCCGCGCGCUGCGAGGUCCCGGCCGGGCCCUGGGGGGAGGCCGAGGCAGCGGGGGGACAGCAGCAGGGAGCAGCCGGCUCCUUCAUCACCUUCAAUGUCACCUAG